CCCCCGGGGCCGCCCUCCGCCUCGCGCGGUGCCCAAGUCGCGCAGGCCGGCGGGUUUAGUUGCCGCUGCGGCUGCGACUCCUCCGCGUCCUCGCUCGUUCCCGCUGCCGCCAUGCCUGGAGGGCUCCUUCUCGGCGACGAAGCUCCCAACUUCGAGGCCAACACCACCAUCGGCCGCAUCCGUUUCCACGACUUUCUGGGAGACUCAUGGGGCAUCCUCUUCUCCCACCCACGAGACUUUACGCCUGUGUGCACCACAGAGCUUGGCAGAGCAGCAAAGCUGACACCAGAGUUUGCCAAGAGGAAUGUUAAGUUGAUUGCCCUUUCAAUAGACAGUGUUGAAGACCAUCUUGCCUGGAGCAAGGAUAUCAAUGCUUACAAUGGUGAUGAGCCCACAGAAAAGUUACCUUUUCCUAUUAUUGACGAUAAGAAUCGGGACCUUGCCAUCCUUUUGGGCAUGCUGGACCCAGCAGAAAAGGACGAAAAGGGCAUGCCUGUGACAGCUCGCGUGGUAUUCAUUUUUGGUCCUGACAAGAAACUGAAGCUGUCCAUCCUCUAUCCUGCUACCACAGGCAGAAACUUUGAUGAGAUUCUCAGAGUAGUUAUCUCUCUCCAGCUGACAGCAGAAAAACGGGUUGCCACCCCUGUGGAUUGGAAGGAUGGAGAUAGUGUGAUGGUCCUUCCAACCAUCCCUGAAGAAGAAGCCAAAAAACUUUUCCCUAAAGGAGUCUUCACCAAAGAACUCCCAUCUGGCAAAAAGUACCUCCGCUACACUCCCCAGCCUUAGGUCUGCGAAGCUGAGGCUGUAGCUACUCGCUCAGUGAGCCAGAAGGUGCCAGCUGCCAUCACCUUUUCCUGCAGCUGCUCCAUAAGAAUAUCCUGGUGUGAUAACAGCCAAGGUUUUUAGGUUGCUAUAUUACUGGCUUAUUAAACGGAAGUAGCACUAAAGUUUUCUUGGGAUUCUUUACUAUGUGCCUUCACCAACACUGUCCUGUUCACACAUCUCGGCCCUCUGCUGCUGGCUGGCUCUCCUUGAAAAUUAUUCUGUAUUCAACAAUCUGAUUUUGUUUGGUGUCUGCUGGGUUUGUGAUCAACAAGGUAGUAUUCAUUGAUGGUUGAGAAUACUUACCUUUCUUUUCACAGAAUGACUAUCAAUUUUUGUAACUGUUGAUCAAAUCUUCUGUUCCCACUUUGGAGAGCAACAGAACUGGAAAUUCACGUUCCUCUAUAAAUAUCUAAGCAUAUAGUCCAGGAACUCAGAUAUUUUUUAACGUUUAGUUUUUUAAUCACAGCUGGAGAGGAGAACUUUUCAAUUCUGUUUCUUAUAAAGCCUGAUGGGUGAGGUUUAUAUGUUUGAAAAAAAUUGUGAUAAAUUUCUGUGAAAGGGGGAAACCCACAGAAAAGGCCUCCUUUGCUGCAGGGAGCUGCACCUGAAGGCAUGAGUGUAGGUGCCAUGUGCCUUUCACCAAUCACUGCUGUGAAGAUGCGUGGGAGCCCACACCUCUUGGAAAGAUGAGGAUGAUCUAAAAUGUGUCAUAGUACUGUUCUUAAAGUGGGUUGUUAUUUUCUGGAUUUUGCUUUUAGGGGAUCAAUAAAUAAAAUCCUUUGUUAAAACUA